AGAGCAAGACAGUGAGCUUUAGAGAGAGAGGGAGAGAGAGGACGAGGACAGGCAGAGAACCACAGCCAGCAUUAUAGAGAGGGAGAACACGAAACACUCAACAAGAUAACAGGAGAUACGCAUGGGAACAGCAGCUCACUGGAAAAGCAGAAGCAGAGAUAUAGAGACAGAGUAGGGGAGCUAGUGUGCAAGACAAACGUAUCACAGACUCAGGGUCUGCGUGUGUGUGUGAGUGUGAUACAGCUCAGUGUGUUUCCACGGUUCUCCUGAGGCCGUGGCAGCCAUGGCGUCAGAGCCUAGCACCCAGUCCAGGGUGAUGUUCCAGGCAACGGACAAAACAGAGGAGCCGGCACACCGCAAGCUGGGCAAGCUGACAGUUAAAUACAACCGCAAGGACCUGCAGAGGAGGCUGGAUAUCGAGGAGUGGAUCGACGGACAGCUGCACCUGCUGUUUGACUGUGAGGAGGAAGAAAUCCCAGAGUUAGAGAUUGACAUAGAUGAGCUCCUGGAGCUGUCAGAUGAGGGGCAGAGAACCCGGCUGCAGGAGCUGUUGCAGGAAUGUGGGAAGCCGAAAGAGGAUUUUAUCAACGGGCUGCUCUACAGGAUAAAGGGUCUACGCAAAAUGUCAGGUCCCUUGAAGAAAUAAUUCUAGGUCAAAUAAAGAAUUGAGACAAUGUGGAGCCUCUUAUCUUCCCAUCUCCCACACGUUAACUGUUUGGAUGCCUGUAUGUGCGGUUCACAUGUCAGUGGGACUCUCUUCCUGGUUCAGCAUCAGUCUAACACCAGAGCAGUUGGGUUUUGAAUGGAUUUUUUUUAUUAUUAUUUCACUUUAAUUUAUGGACUACUAUGACAUUUUCUUUCCCAUAAACCAAUAAUGUACAUCAGAUAAAAGCUGUAUUAACUAUUACUCAGAUGGACUGAUGGACUUCUUUUUUGUGUAAGACUGUACAUUUUCAGUUGCCUAUUUAUGUACAUAAAUAUUUUUGUUCUGAUAACAGUGUUGUAUGUCAAAAUAAAACUGAACAU